UGGAGUUAGUCGGUCGCGUUGAAAGUACAAUAAACGAUGUAUUAUCGUUUUGCAACCGUGUGCGACAUUGCUAGUACAUCCAGAUGAACUGAAUAAUUAUUGUAAAAUACACUGUGGUGAACUAUAAAAACGGUUUGUUUUUAAUUGUAGUGUUUGUUGAUUGCUGUCGUAACUGCAAUAGUGCCGGGCUCGUACGACGUUGUCAAUAUUUUAUCAGCCAAGUCUCCAAACUGAAACUCAAGUGCAUGCCGAUUGAUUGGAAAUAUUAGAUACAUGUACAAGUGAAAUUAAGUGCAAUAUUUUAGUGACUUUAACAGUUAAGUUUCGACAUUUUAUUAAUAACAUCGCCUAAUAACUGUAGUUAUUGACGUAGCGCUUGUAGGAAUAUUAUUCACCUUUACUAGGAUUACUUUUCGAGGAUUAUUAUCCGGAUUCAUUAAUAUGCUAAGAUUUAAGUAAGAUGGCGUGGCUUGAUCCGGACCGGUAACAUCGUUUGUUCGUUGGUCGCUUCUUUAUAGUAUCAAUGUAGACGUUUCGAGACUUCGAACGGCCACGAUGGACUUGAAGCAAGACCUGAUCUACCAGGAGGACCAUCUUCUGAUAAAGACCGAACCGCGGUUGCAUAGCCCCGGAGGCGGCGGCGGUGGUGGUGGUAAUGGUGUCGGUAAUAACGCAUCGUCUUCGGUGUCGCACGCGUCAACCAUCGUGACCACCAACACCCUCAACAAUUCAUCAACCACUAGCGUCCUAUUACCGAACAGUAACGGCCUGGUUACUAUUGCUACCAUACCGAGUGACGGCUUGAUCGGCGUUUCUUCAAAUGUUCUCGAUACCAUCAAUAGUAACAUUAUAACCGUGACGAGUAACGCGCUUAAUAGUAACGUGAUAACGGGCGGUAACAGUAUCGCGGGUGCGACCUUGAACACUAACGGAUUGACCGGUACGAACCUGUUCGUUGGAACGACGAGCGGCAGCGGAAACAAGCGGUCGCGUAACGACGAUUGGUUAAGCUCGCCGAGUCCGGGCGCCGUUAGCGUCUCCGUGCCUCCCUUGACGCCGUCGCCCGGGCCACCCUCGCAUACUUACACCACCGUUAUCAGCAAUGGAUAUUCCUCGCCUAUGUCCUCCGGCGGUAGCUACGAUCCCUACAGUCCGAAUGGAAAAAUAGGUCGUGAAGAUCUGUCUCCUCCAAACAGUUUGAAUGGCUUCAGCGCAGAUAGUUGCGAUAGCAAAAAGAAAAAAGGUCCUACCCCAAGGCAGCAAGAAGAGCUCUGUCUGGUCUGUGGAGACAGAGCGUCGGGUUACCAUUAUAAUGCACUUACUUGUGAAGGCUGUAAAGGUUUCUUUAGGCGAAGUAUAACGAAGAAUGCGGUGUAUCAGUGCAAGUAUGGCAACAAUUGUGAAAUAGAUAUGUAUAUGAGGCGGAAAUGUCAAGAGUGUAGAUUGAAAAAGUGCCUGAGUGUGGGGAUGCGACCUGAGUGUGUGGUGCCCGAGGUACAAUGUGCCGUUAAGAGGAAAGAGAAAAAAGCACAGAAAGCCAAGGACACUCCCAACAGUACCACGAACGGAUCUCCAGACAUUGUCAAAACCGAACCCGAGUGUGAUCCUGAAAACCCCUUCCGAUCUGGAGGUGAGAGGAAAAUUUCGCCUGAACAAGAAGAGCUAAUACAUCGACUUGUUUACUUUCAAAAUGAGUACGAACACCCCUCCGAGGAAGAUGUCAAAAGGAUAAUUAAUCAACCUGUUGACGGAGAUGAUCCUUGUGAUAUGCCGUAUCGCCACAUAACCGAAAUAACCAUUUUAACGGUCCAACUUAUAGUCGAAUUUGCGAAAAGGUUACCAGGCUUCGAUAAGCUCCUUCGAGAAGAUCAAAUUGCUCUCUUAAAGGCAUGUUCGAGUGAAGUGAUGAUGUUUAGAAUGGCGCGACGGUACGACGUUCAUACGGAUUCAAUUCUUUUUGUAAAUAACCAGCCAUAUACUCGAGAUAGUUAUAAUCUCGCCGGAAUGAGCGAAACCAUUGACGAUCUUCUCCGUUUCUGCAGGACCAUGUACUCGAUGAAAGUCGACAAUGCCGAGUACGCCUUGCUCACAGCCAUCGUCAUAUUUUCAGAGAGACCUUCGUUGAUAGAGGGUUGGAAGGUUGAGAAGAUCCAAGAAAUUUACCUCGAAGCUCUAAGGGCAUAUGUGGAUAACAGGCGGAAACCUCGGGCGGGGAUAAUAUUCGCGAAGCUCCUCUCCGUGCUGACAGAACUGCGCAAUCUCGGGAAACAGAACUCGGAGAUGUGCUUCUCGUUGAAGCUGAAGAACAAAAAGCUUCCACCAUUCCUUGCAGAAAUAUGGGACAUUGACUUGAAGACGUAGUAGACGUAUUUACACCAAGUGCACGAGAGAUUGCCCGGGAAUAACGGACAGGUGGUAAUUGACCAGCAAAUGCUUUUUGGUAUUUAUAACGGGGGCGGAGAAUAUAGCCCGACAAAAAAAAAUCAAAUAAGGUCUGUUAUUCUAAUCAUGUGCGUUCUAAGUAUCAUCGUACAGUUUGAUUUAUUCUGAAUUACUAAAUUUACCAUGGAUGUUACUAUAAAUAAUUGAUUUUAAAGUCACAAAAAGGCGAAAUAUUAAUAAUUAGUUUAGUGGAAGGAAAACUGAAAUCGAACUGUACGGUAUCGGUUUAUUGAGCGGAUUUUUUUACCAUUUUCGCAAAAUAAUAAAUAGCAAAGAUAUGAGGAAAAUAAUGGCUGUAAAAUAUCGUAAACAGAGAAGAUGAAGCAUUUGUGAAGUCAACCACCGAAUCGCAGGCUGUGAAAUAUUGUAUAAUUUUACUUUUUUUGCUAUCUGAAUGUUGAGACGGCAUCUAAGAGAAAGUUAUUACUUGAGCAUAGUUUUUAUUUAGGUAAAUAUUAAUUAAUAAGGAUAAACAGAAAAUAAACGAGAGGAAUAGUAGUGCUCGAACUUAAAAACUAACUUUACGUAUGUAGUUUUUUUAAGAGUGUAAAAACUGCAUUGUUUUAUAAUAUUAUAUAUAUAUACUGAUAUAUACCAGGCGACUCGCUUACUUAAGAUGUAAGACUGGCGCGGACUGAUUAAAAAAAUUAUAUACAGAGGUGCCUUCAAGACGCAUGGAUUUUUCUCUGACUGAGGGCAGGUGCAAAGUCGAACACAGCACACAAGGAAGACAUUCUGAUUAUUGUUAAAUAAGGUCAAAAAUAAAACCUUGCGAAGAUUUUUACAUUUGAUAAUUCGUGAGUAAUGUAGCUGAAAGGGCCUCCUUGCACUUUUUACAAAAUUGAACGUCAUACGACGUGCAUAAAACCUUGUUUGGGAUAAUUUUUUAUACAUCUGUAUUUUGUAGCCGUUUCUUUUAUUCGUGAAGUAUUUGUUUUGUGUGAUACGACUAGGAGAAAUUUUUACCUAUGUAUCAUUUUCUUUCUUUUUGAUAUGAAACAUCUUUCAGUACGCUAAAUGAGUAAACUGACUGAAGCGUUGUAAGAUGGGAUGAUGCUUUUGCGUGGACCGACGCUUCAUUCGGCCAGCCUCGUUACUCGUCGAUUCUUUCCGCUCAGUCAACAUUGCUGUACAGGACUAAUUCUUUUUUUUUUUUGGAUUUCAUUUUAUUUAAGACUCCAAUUGGGAAGAGAUGUGUGAAAUUUGAACUCCAACCCUUUUAGCUACAGUCUACUAUUGUAUUUUUUAUUUAUAUUCUUUAAUAUCCCCAUAUAUUUAUAGAGUAAUUUUAAACAUCACAGAAAUAUUCAGCAAAACAUUUUAGUAGCGAUUAAAAAAAAGCAAUAGUCUUGCAAGGUUUUGUUAGUGAAUGUCGUACUACAAGUUGUGUAAUUUGGAAUAUAUAAAGCAAAACGGAAAGAAAAAAUACAGAUGCUAAUUUAAGCUGCAGUGAAAAAAAUUAAAGAAUCAUUGUAAAAGCAACCGGCCUUUAUAUAUUCCGUAUUCGGAGAAGGAAACACGAUGCGCAUUAUUAAAAAAAAAACUGAUAACAAAGCAACCGUCCUUGACAGACAGAAAACAAGAGCAGAAAAGGUUUGCGAAUACCGCAGUGUGACGAUAAACGAUGAACUAUUUAAGUAAUAAAAGGGCAUUUGUUGUAAUUUGCACUAAAUACUGUCCUGCCUUUGAAGAAAAACAAAAAAAAAAUGAACGAUGAACACUUUGUAAAUGCGAAAAGGAAAACCAAACAAAAGUAAAAAAAGAGAGAAACAAAACGAACUCUUGGUGUGUACAUUGUAGCUUCUGUUUUGAUACUGUAUAAUCCUCCCAAGUAAACUUUUGCUCCUAGAUAAAAGUCGUUCAUAUGUACUCACUGUAGAGGUAACGCAACAUUAAUAAAUACAUACAUACAUUACAUACAUACAUAUAAAGAAUCAUAUUUUCAUAGUCAUUCAUUGUAAAUAAAACAUAUUUUCAUAAAAAAAAAAUGAAAAACUAAACGAAGAGACAGAUGUGUAUUUUUGUGUUUUUGGAUAAUUGACGAUUUUUCGCGCGCGCGCCCUUUCAAUGCCUUAGCUUAUAAGAGCAAAAACGUUUCCUUUUUCGCGAGGGGUCUACCUUAUCCGUAAACAGUCUGUGUUAAAGCAAAACAAGUUGCUGCUGUUAUAAUUAAUUUAAAUGUGCACUUUCUUACUAAAAAAAAUUAAAACGGUAAAAAGGUAUCUUUCUGUAUAGUAAUCAACAAAUUUCGACUUCGUAAUUCAACUUUGUAUAUUAUUAUAAUAUGAUCCUUCUUUAAAUCUUUUUCAAAAUAUUACAAAUUAUCAUGCAUACUAUACUUUGCACAAUAUAAAUUUUUCGGUUCAGCAAAAACUGAUAAAAAACUCAUAAUUUUAAAUUGUACGAUAAUUAAGGUUUUCAAAGCGCAGUUGAAGACGUGAUUUUAUUCAAAAAUUAAUUUAAAAUAGGAACUGUUUUGCAUGAAACAGUAAUGUUAAUAAAUAUUUUGAUAAUAUACACUAUGUUGAAAGGCUUAAAACGUCAUGAAUUUGUUUAUAAUAAGUAACAUUUUUACUACAAACGUCUAAAUAGUGAAUAUUUCAUAUCUAGAGAGUAAAAGUUUUUUGCUAGCAGUAAGAAGUUUGGUAGAAAAAAAAUCUAAUUAAUUAAAGCAUAAUUUUUUUAAUUAAGGAUGUGCACAUGUGAUUUGUGAUACAUAUUGCAAAUAACGUCUUAAAAUGCCUGUUUUGUUUUGUGUAAAUUAAAAACUAAAUCAUGUAAAAAAAAGAAUCGUUGAUCUCGUUACGUUUUAUAAUGCACAACAUAAAUAUUGUGUAAGCUCAGAUGCGAUUUCGAUUUUUUAAUCGUUGCUAUAGACGUUGCAGACAAUGAAUAUAUAGGUGGAUAAAAAAAAGUCAGACAAACGAGCUGUUGUAGUAUGCAAACGAAUGUACAAAUCACAAAGAACAUGGUACAAAGUUUCAGGAUUCACUAAAAUUUAAGAAAGUGCAUUAAAAAUGGUAUUUUUGUAAUGGUUGGUGGCCCUUCUAACAAACGAAAAAUAUAAUAAAAUAACAAGAAAGAAAAAAGAAAAAACUCACUGCCAACAGUGGCUCUGUCUCUUUUCACAUUUCGUCAUCUCCUUUCGCUGUUUCACACGGACGUUGUAGCCAUGCAGCUAGUUCGUACAUCGUUAAAAAAUAAUUAUUAAGAA